UCGGUUACUUCCGGUUCAUGUGAUUCGCUGGAAGUGAGAUUUGGGACGGCGGAUGUCUGCCGUAACCGUGCGAUGUUUUGGUGGAUUUUUCGGGCUGUCCCGCUGAAAAUGGCCCAGGAUUUCCGCAGAUAACGACAGACACACAGGAGGAGAGUACGUGGAAGAUGAAUUAUCAAGCGGAGGUCAGCAAUUCCCUGGCAAUUCGACAGGAGAUCACCAGAUUCGAGAGUGUCCACCCCAACAUUUAUGCCAUCUACGAUCUCUUGGAGCAAAUCGACGAUCCUCUGCUGGCUUCCCGGGUCCGCGAUCACGUCGUGUGUAUCGAAGAUGCCUUUGUGAACAGUCAGGAGUGGACAGUCAGCAGAGCUGUGCCAGAGCUCAGACUGGGAGUAUGUGGAACCUUACAGAGUGGGAAGUCUGCUCUGGUGCACAGAUAUCUCACUGGAUCCUACCUGGCUGACGAGUGUCCGGAAGGUGGUCGGUUUAAGAAGGAGGUUGUAGCAGACUGCCAGAGUCACCUCCUCCUGAUCAGGGAUGAGGGGGGACCACCCGAACAACAGUUCUCAGGAUGGGUGGACGCUGUAAUAUUUGUCUUCAGCCUGGAGAAUGAGGACAGCUUCAAUGCCGUUUAUCAGUAUUACGCCAGGAUCGCAAACUACAGAAACACAGCAGAGCUUCCACUGAUCUUGGUGGGGACGCAAGAUGCCAUUACGCCAAGCAACCCGCGCGCCAUAGAUGACAGCAGGGCGCGGAAACUGGCGAACGACCUGAAGAGAUGUACAUACUACGAGACGUGUGCAACCUAUGGGCUCAAUGUGGACAGAGUUUUUCAAGAUGCUGCUCAGAAGAUUGUGGCAUUCCGGUACACGCACGGCCCUCCCCCCGUGCCCAGCUCCCUCUCCCUCCCCAGCACCCCCAACCACACCGCCACCCGCACCAACGGGCACUUCGCCGUGCCAGCCCCUCCCAUCACCAACGGUCGCCAUGGCAACACCAUCGGAGCGAUGACGUCGACGGGAACGUCCACCCUGCCGUCGCCCGGGAGCCAGAAGGACGGGAAGGACACGAGCGCCAGCGCCAGUAGUACUCCCACGUCAACGCGCAAGGCCUCGCGACGGAGAUCCAAUAUUUUUACGCCCAGGAAAAGUGCUGAUGACGACAAGAAGCGGCAACCAAACGGCGACUUUGGUAGUGGAAGGGCUAUUCCAAUCAAACAGGGUUAUCUAUACAAGAGAAGUAGCAAGUCCCUGAACAAGGAGUGGAAGAAAAAAUAUGUGACUCUGUGUGAUGACGGCAGACUCACCUACCACCCCAGCCUACAUGACUACAUGGAGGACAUACACGGGAAGGAGAUCAGGUUGCUAGGGACGACGGUCAAGGUCCCGGGAAAGAGACCGCCGCGGGCCACGCCCCAGGGUGCCCCGGCCACUUAUCACGGAACCCCCAGUCCCAGCAUCACCAAUGGCAUUACUAAGGACAUGCACAGUAUGACUAUCUCAGGCAGUAUAGGGGGCACGUUCUCCAAUGAUGUGGCCUUGAGCCGAGAAAGGAAUGGUAUCAGUCUUGUCUCGUUCAAAGGUGGGGAGGGAAACCACACCCGGUCCUGUUCCUUCACCUCCUCCGAACAGUGGGACAACGCCGUCAUCAUCUCCAACAACUCCGUCACUCCAGGUUUUCCCGAGCUCUCUCGCGCUCAGUCCUGUAUCAAUCUCGCUGGUCACCGUGACCAACGCUCUCGCUUUGACGUCCGCCGUCGUAAAGGUAUGUUUGGUAACGGUUAUGCCUGUGAAACAGCCAAGGAGAACAAAGAUGGCGGAAAGAUGGACCCCCCUCCCACACCCGCGAGCGGAGGUGGCGGAAAGAAGCGGCAUCGACGAAUGAAGAGCUCCGGAGCUGGGAAGAGCUCGGACGCGAACAACGGAGAUGUCCCUCUCCUCGCCCCUGCAGGCGAUGCCAGCAGUGGCAGCUCCAAAUUUGACUCCCCGCCCCCGCCUCACAAGCGGCGGUAUUGGAAGCUCAAAAGUGGCGGGAGCUUCCGAAAUCUUUAUCGCUUUCAAAUGGAAGAUUCAGAUGAAAACGAGUUCUAUAUUUUGUCACUGGACAACAAAUCUUGGCAAUUUGAAGCCCCCAACUCAGAGGAGAGAGAUGCCUGGGUCCAAGCCAUAGAGAGUCAGAUCCUGUCUGCUCUACAAGGCAACGACAGUACCAAGUCUAAGAACCGGAAUAACAGUUACGGGGACCAGCAAGUUAUCCAGGCCAUCCGCAACAUUCGCGGGAACGCCUUCUGUGUGGACUGUGAGGCACCAAGUCCUGACUGGGCUAGUUUGAACCUUGGUGCGCUGAUGUGUAUAGAAUGCUCAGGGGUCCACAGAAAUCUGGGUACUCACCUGUCCAGAGUACGCUCUCUGGACCUGGAUGACUGGCCCACGGAGCUGGCUACGGUCAUGACGUCCAUCGGAAACUCUCUGGCUAACAGUGUGUGGGAGGCGAACCCCCGGGGAAGAGUCAAACCUACCCCAAACUCUCAAAGAGAGGAGAAGGAAUCGUGGAUAAGAGCAAAGUACGAGAGAAAAGAGUUUCUCGCGCCGCCGCCAUACCCGGACGUUCCCAUCAGCCAGCAGUUGUUGGAGGGAGUCACACACGAUGACAUCCGUACCGUGGUUCUCCUGCUGGCGCAUGCCAACCCCUCGGAGGUGAACAUGACGCUGGAAGGGGACGGACGGACGGCCCUGCACCUGGCCUGUACCAUUGGCAACAUAGUGGUCACACAACUACUGUUAUGGUACUCGGCUGACUUCAACAUCACGGACCGCGAGGGCAGAGCCCCCCUCUGGUACGCCCGCCAAGCCAACAACCACGACGUGGCCGAACUUCUCAUUCACAACGGUUGCCAGGACGACAGCAUGACCACGCCCAGCCUGCAGAGGAGAGUGCCGGCCAACAACAGCGCCGUGUUUGACAAGCUUCCCGCUAGUGUAAUAUAAAUUAUGAGUUAACGUCAGGACUACUUUCACAAGGGGCACAUCGUACGGGAAAGGCUUAUGCUCUUCUGUAGAGCUGUUACAUGUCCUCCUUUGGUCAACAUUGACCAUG